CUUCCCGUUGACCAGGCUCGGUUGAGAAGUGCGGUUGGAGUGUGAGAGGGUCGCGGCCGAGGCUGACUGAUGGUCUUACAGAUGAAAUAGAGAAAAUAGAGAAAGAGAAGACGGGCGUCCUCCUCCUUCAGAAAACCAUGUUCCCCAAAGGCAAAGUGUCCGCUGUGCCGUCGGAUGGCCAAGCACGGGAAAAGUAAGUUUUAAAACAUAUGUCUUACCUAAUGCAAAUUGUUUCCCCCCUCGGGUUUGUGGUUUGCUGGACAGCUGAAUUCAAGGAGCGAAUUUCCUCAUACGAGGAUGGAAUUGAAUGAACCGCCUUGUCUGCUCGCCAUUCCUUCAUUACCCUAGCUUCGGCGUAUUAUUAUUCCUGGGCCUCAUUACUGAACGUAAAUUAGUGUUUGUAUUUGCAAUUCAGCGUCUAAAUCGUUUGUAUUAUUUUUACGGAAAACGUGAAAUGAGUAGCGAAAAAAAAAUAGCACCGUCCAAUUUGGCUUUACGUCGUUUCUCUGUUGCAUUAAUUGAUACAGUUUUGCUUCCCCUAGUGCUUCGGUUGCUACUUUGUUUCAGUUCGCUGCUACGAGGGCAGUCACCAACUCAAUCUCAUUUAUCGAUUGUUAAUAACGCGUUUUCUUCUUGGUUACAAUGUUUCCUAUUGUAUAUGUUUGGAAAGCCAUUGUGCGAAAGGCCUUUUGGAGUCGGGGGUUUAUGCAAACGCCUGAAUGAAAAUUAAUGUCUGUCGAUCAUGUACCCUAAAGUGUAAUAAAUAUUAUUUGAUUAGAGACCCAAACACCCAUUAGGCCAACUUGUAUUUACCCCAGUUUGUGUAUAGACUAGGCUACUAUACUGUGUCUGCGUCCUAAUAGAGCCAAAGUAGGCUAGUUUAGAGUUUGCUAAACUGUGUAGUUCUAGAACACUUGGUUUUUAUGCCUUUUAUAUUGUUCAAACUGUAGUUUAUUUUGUUCACAGGUUAGCUUUAUACGUCUAUGAAUAUUUGUUACACAUAGGAGCACAGAAGUCAGCACAGACCUUUUUAUCAGAGGUGAGUAUCCUACUACUGGCCUAUCCAUGUGACCGAACUUCAAUAACAAACGCAUUACCAUUUGAAUAAAUUAAUUUCAUUGUAAAAAAGUAGGCCCUAUUGUUCAUGCACAAUUGUUUUAUUCUCCACUUUCCAGAUAAGAUGGGAAAAGAACAUCACACUCGGGGAACCCCCUGGGUUCCUACACUCUUGGUGGUGGUAAGUGUUCCGUAUGUCACUGUUAACAAUACAACAUGUUGUACCAUGUACAGUAUUCAGUUGCUUUAUGACUUGUGUGUCUUGUCCACAGUGUAUUUUGGGACCUAUAUUGUGCCGCCCCAGAGAGAAGAGAGACAUGUGAUCAUUCCAGUGAAGCGAAGGCCUUCCAUGAUUAUGUGAGUUCUGCUCCUCCUCAUGAGACUUCCUGCUGCACAUGUUGCUGGGGUUCUGCUGAAGAGCCUGGGGCCGUAUUUACAAAGUGUCUCAGAGUAGGAGUGCUGAUCUAGGAUCAGGUCCCCUCCUGUCCAUAUAAUUGUAUUGAAGAUUAUCUAAAAGGGGAAACUGGUCCUAGAUCGGCACUCCUACUCUGAGUCCCUUUAUGAAUACGGACCCUGGUUUCCUUUGUGCCUACAUUCUCAAAUGUAGAAUGAGAUUGCACCCAGAUGGGCCUCAGCCCAGCUUGCGUAAUAAAAAAUCAAAUAAAUCCAUCAGUACCUUUUUGUUGUUGAUGUAGACCUAUUAAACAGACCUAUCUUCCUUGUUACACUUCAUACAGUUUUGAUGCCAUGUGUACUGGCAAUGGAGAGGUGUUCUUCUGUUUGUUUCUUGGGGCAUGCCUUCUACGCUUAAUUUAAAUGGACCCCCCUGUAAUUUUCACAGAAACUACUUUGUCACACAUUUUUCCCCCCAACACUUUCCCUUGCUGACACUACUAUUGCUAAACUUUUUUAGAUACUUUAGGAUGAUUUGGACAUGUUGUGGUGUGAGAAUGUAAAUGGGGACCUUGCAUCAACCUCAUCAUAGUGUGGAUAUAUAUAUAUAUAUAUAUAUAUAUAUAUAGUGACGUGCAAUGCCAUUUUGUUUCAAUAUUUGAUUUAUUUAAUUAAAAUAAAUCACCUAGACUUUAGCUUUUAAGAGUUUAUUACAAAAAAAUGUCAAAAUAAAAUAGAUUUUAACACAUCUUCGUGGGCCUAGUUACCCCAUUGGGGGUUGGCAGUUACUCCGGGGCUUGGGAAAAAUGCCCCUUUUUUGAAAACAACGUUUCAUUAAAUAACUAAAGUGUAAACUGUAGCCAUUUAUUUCCCUUCAUAGUUUGUUUGCCUAAGCAUGACCAUCAUCCACAUUUCUCUUUUUACCAAACUUUGCUUUUGUGUCAGCAAUUGGACAUUGUUUUUAGGGGGGCUAGUUACCCCAUGCACCUUACACUCCUGCUUAUAGAUGUGUCCAAUAAUAAAUGCUUAUUUUUGUUUAACGUUCCAAAGUGUGUCCUAAUGAACACGAUCCAGCUUUCCCUUUGUUGUGGCCAGUCACUGUUGCACAAUGUCCAAGAGCUGAGAUGGGUUCAUAUUCUCAACUAUCUUGAGGAUGGUAGUGGCCAAGAGUUGUUAUUUUGAACUCUAGAUGAACCCAUCUCCAUCUUGUGCUACAUUGGGCUUUUUUCCUGAGCUAACAGGAUAGUAGUACUCCAUUUGAACUGAAAUUUACAGAGCCUGUGCUUUUAAAGAUUCUUCCGUUCAAAUAGAUUAUUUUUCCCAAAACGGAUGCACAGCGCUUGUGGCCUAUCACUGAACUUGGCUCUUGCAUAUCGACAAUUUGCAUACGGUCUUUGCAUGUUCAGAACACUAUGCAUAUGGGGAAAUGGCUUUUCCUAUCUCGUACUACUGCUGGUCAGGUCAGUCUGCCCCAGGACAGGCAGUCAGAAACCCCAUUGGGAGCAUCCAAAUAACAUCCCAAUUAUCUCCUCUUCCUCCAAAAGUGUGCACUUGUUCACUUCCCUUUACUGAUUUGAAAAGAAAUGACUGGUAUAAGAAAUUUGGUGGAUAGUAAACUAUUACUAGCCCAUGCCUCCACCAAGCCCGUGCUGAAGAUGUCUACAUCGGUCCGCUAAUACAGGACUAGUAAAGGCCCAGUGCACUACUUUUGUCAAAACAUUUAAACUAAAUGUAUACUGAAGAAAAUAUAAACACAUGCAACAAUUUUUAAGAUUUUACUGAGUUACGGUUCUUAUAAUAAGUCAUAUAAUAAUUCAUUAUGCCCUAAUCUAUGGAUUUCACGACUGGGCAAGAGCGCAGCCAUGGGUCGGGUUGGACCCACUAGGGAGCCAGGCCCAGCCAAUCAGAAUGAGUUUACUCCACAAAAGGGCUUUGUUGUAGACAGAAAUACUCCUCAGCAACCCAUCAGACGAUCCCGCAGGUAAAGAAGUCUGAUUUGGAGGUCCUUGGCUGGCAUUGUUACACGUGGUCUGCGGUUGUGAGGCCGGUUGGACGUACUGCCAAAUUCUCUAAAACGACAUUGAAGGCGGCUUAUGGUAGAGAAAUGAAUAUUCAAUUCCUGCAGUCAGCAUGCCAAUUCCACACUCCCUCAGCUUGAGACAUCUGGUAUUGUGGUGUGACAAAACUGCACAUUUGAGUGGCAUUUUGUCCCCAGCAUAAGGUGCACCUGUGUAAUGAUCAUGCUGUUUAAUCAGUUGCUUGAUAUGCCACACCUGUCAGUUGGAUGGAUUAUCGGGCAAAGGAGAAAUGCUCACGAACAGGGAUGUAAACAAAUUUGUGCACAAUUUAAGAGAAAUGAUUUUUUGUGCGUAUGGAACAUUUCAGGGAUCUUUUAUUUAAGCUCAUGAAACAUGGGACCAACACUUUACAUGUUGUGUUUAUAUUUUUGUUACGUAUAUUUGUAUUUGAGUGUUUAACCAGCAUUUGUAACUUGAGUCUGAUAAUUAUGUGUACAAAAUAGUUAAUCUGAUAAUACUUGUGGAGUAUAAAAAUACUUGCUUGAUGUUUUCCAAUUUCCUGAAAUACUUUGCAAAUGCAACUUAUUUCUGUGUAAGCUGAAAUGGUCUAUUCUUUUUUACAUUUUAGUAUAUGCUCUUAUUCAGAGCAACUUACAGUAGUGAGUGCAUACUUUUUCAUACUUGUCCCCCGUGGGAAUCGAACCCACAACCCUAGCGUUGCAAGCGCCAUGCUCUACCAACUGAGCCACAUAUCACAAACCACUUGAUGUCUCAAUGUACUUAAUUACUGUAUUGUGCAUUGUUUUUCUUCAUGGUGAUGGAAUGUCUACAGGUACCAAACCUAGAUGACUAGCCUAUGGAAAAUACAAUAAUUUACAUUUAAGUGAUUUGUAAGGAUGGUAAAUUAAUACUGCACAGAAAGUGGUUGUUUUCCAUGUUAUUUGAUCAAGAAAAAUAUUUAUAUUUAUAUAAAUAUUUAUUGCGGAUAACCAUGGAGGCACAGAGCGGAGCUAUCUCUGCCAUUUCUUUCACCGGACGGACCUCGUCUUAGUUAUGCUAGCUACUUAUUUCUGAUCAAAACCUGAUUAGACAUGUAAUUAUGUUAUCUGACAUUUUUUCCCCCCUCCAAAACAGUUAUUUUAGCAAAAUUACCAUUACUUAGCAUAUUAUUUCAAAUGAAAGUAAGCCUGUACAUUUAGAUUUUCUUUAUAUAAUGUGGCGCUUUUUCCAAAGUACAAUCCACAUUAGUACUAAAGCUAAUUUACCAUAAUUUGAUUAUAGUAUAAUCUAGUUUUCAGAAUUUAAGUAAAUAGAAUUGUUUUCAUAUUUAUAUGGCAGAAACGACUGCCAUUUAAAGGGGAAGUACACACACAUUUUAAAUAUAUAUAUAUAUAUAUAUAUCUCCUAUAGGUUUUUGGCUGGUGUCAAAAUGACCCCAAAGGACUUAACAAGUCCAUAUUGAUACAGAAACACUAAACAAUUAUUUAAAUUAGUUAAGAACAAGUUCAUUUGACAAAGUCAUGAACAUUUUAAAGAAUAGAAUUAACCACCUUUGGGCUAUAAUCUAAAAGAUGUCCCCAGUCGGUAGCUUGAGGGAUAAACUAGUCGACUGUUAUGUCUAUGGUGAUAUUGGGAGAUGGGAUCCCUGUGAAUCGAUGUUGGUUCUUUUUGUGUUCAUCUUAGGCUAGUACAUGUAUACAUGGACAGUGAGGUCAGUGCUCUCUCUUUGUUUGCGUGGGCCAAGGCUUUCUCUCUCUCUCCGCUCUCUCUGUGUGUUUUGCAUACAGUAGGCCUAGGAUUUCUGUCUUUCGUUCUCCCUGUAUCUUUCUCCCUCCAUGGCCAGUAGUCCCAGGGCUGUCUUUGUCUCUGUGGGGGGAGGUGGCUGGGCUACUAGCAGGCAGGGAAGCAGCGAUGCAUCGCGGCUCGUAAAGCGCAGGGCCCUCCCUCCCUGGCGUGUUCACGCCUGGUCUGAUUGAUGCUCCCUCGGGGCCCCCGUCUCCAUGGUGUCAGCCGCUGAUUGAUGGCUGUCAGGGAGCUGAGGGACCGACUAGAAAAGGGGAGUGGUCACCGUGGCAUAUGCCUGGCAACCAAGGGAAGAGCAGAGAGAAUAUGGGAAAGGGGAGGGUGGAUGGGGAGUGGUAGAGGAGCGCUUGAGAUGCCUCUUCUCCUCUGGGUCCUACUGCUAGACCUUUUCACCACCAGGGACUAGGAAGAGAAGGCUAUGAAAACAAAGCCAUUUUCAUGGCGUUGGUGGAUGGUUGAACAUCGACUGACUUAGGCCCAGGCUUCUUUUUUAUAGCUUAGUUCAGGUGGAUGAAGUGAGAUGGUAAAGCAGUCCAGGGGCCAUAUGUAUCCCUAUUCAUUGUGAUGUAAAAGACAGCUGGUCCUAAAUCGGCACUCCAACUCCGAGACGCUUGAUACAUACGGCCCCAGGUCAGGUCAUGGACAGUGUUAGUUUUGUGUGGUCUCUCUCUGGCCCAGCCCCUUUUCUCCAAGCUGUGCUGCAUCCCGCUUGUUGCUUUCUGUCUCUACUCUCUACCUUCUCAGGGCUACCUUAGUCAACCACUUUCCUAUUUUUCUUUCUCCUCUCUGUCUGUUUUUGUACAGAAAGCACAACAGCUGCUGUGACCUCACACACACACACACACACACACACACACACACACACACACACACACACACACACACACACACACACACACACACACACAACCAGGGGGGUGGGUCUGUCAAAAAGAAGCCCUGUCUAGGAAAGGUUUAGAGAUGGGCCCCUGCCCCACCCCACUCAGCUGCCCUCCUCCUCAGCCCCUCAGGCAGCAGAGUCUGUGACAUCUGCCCCCUCCUGUACCAAAGCAUCAGUGAGCCUUGGCCCUCCUCUCCCGCAGCAGAACAGAGGCUCCAUCCCAAAUGGCACCCUAUUUCCUUUAUAGUGCAUUACUUUUCACCAGGGCCCUUAGGGAAUAUGCUGCCAUUUGGGGGGGACACAGAGCCACAGUUGAAUAUGCACAGCAGUGGGCUCUAGUACCAGAAAAUAAGGAUCAGAUGGAACAUGCCUGGAGACUUGCCAUGCACUCUGGUACAUUUCAGACCUAACAGUUAAUGUGUUAAGGUACAAGAGCAAUGUAGACUUGUUUUAGAACAUAAAUAUGACUGUUACCAUUUUGUAGUUACAGCUCUUUCUUAGGUGUAACACAAUAACAUCCCCAGAUAGUCCAGGAAAUGUGAACUCUCUAAUAUCCCUCCACAGCUACCAGCUACCUGACCUCAACUUCAUGCAUAGCAGUGCUUGAUCACACUAUUCUAUGACAACCAUACUAGUCUCCCAGAGAGACAUUUUAUCUAUAAGCCUCUGUAGGCUCAAGGCAAGGUUGUAUUCAUUAGGGCACGCUGUUGCAAAACAUUUUGCAACCAAACCCAGCAUUACCUAUUGGACAAAUUCAGGUUAGUCUCUCCACUCCCUGUUUCAGUCCAUUUUCUUCUGUUUGGUUCCCAGUGAACAGCCUAUGACCCAGAGGGGUAUACUACAAAGCAGGGUCACCAUGUUAGCCAGCUAACUUAGAUAAACAAAAAUAGUUUCUGGGUCAUUAAUUAAUCUAAAUUUGAAUAUGGGUUGUUGUUUGAAACAACUGAAUCAAUCCAUGUCCAUUUUUAGCAUAAUCUUCUUAGAAAUGUGACAUUAAUUCUGAACAUUCAAGCAAGUUGGCUGGCUAACUCAUUGAUCCUGCUUUGUGACAUACCCCCCAGGUGUCCUAGAGUUGAAGGAUGCCCCUUGAACGUAGCUAACUGUUGUGUCAGUGUGUUCCAGUAACAGCUGAGCUGGGUGAUGCCUGAUCCUGGAUGGCUCCUUCUGGCCUCACUUCUCCCUCUACUGUGGUAUUUCACAGUGGACCUGCAGGACCUGGCUCAGAUAUAAUUAGGAAGGGGUGCAGUCAGUUGAUAUACCAGGGGCUGCGAGUGUGUUGGUAUAUCCACUAGUGUUGUCUGGAGGUUGAGCACUUUAGAGAGUGCAGGGAGGUGUGUGUGAGGGAGAUGGUAAGGUGUGUGUGCCUGGAUGUGACUUCAUUUUCUCAAGAUGUGUGUGUUUUUGGUGGUGUUCCUUUAUAUCCUGUUCCCCUACUUAUGACAACUCCAUGGUCUCACAAGCCUCAUCUGUCAUAACUAGCCUUUGAUACCAGAUGCCAAUACCAGUGUGCAAUGUAGGCAUUAUCCUCUGCUGAAAUGCUCCUACAAAAACAACAACAACAACAACAACAAAAAAGUCAAUUUACGAGCGUGCGACCAAAGCAAAUGCCACAUUAGUGAAUUAUGGCUGUGGUCGGUACAGGAAAUGGCCUAGCAGUGAGUCCCUGCUGUGUAUGAGCACUUUGGAGUGAAUCCCACAGAUUCUUAUCAAAUCUACUGGAUACUUGCUGGAUCAGCACAUUUGGCUGUGCAAUUAGAUUCCACCCCGGUCAAACUUGAGAGACUUGUUCUGUCUGUGGUGUGUGUGUGAUACUUAGGGCCAGUUUCAUGGACACAGAUUAAGGCUAGUCUUGGACUAAGAAAUCAUGUUCAAUGGAGUAAUGUUUAUCAUUCUGUCUAUGCAAAUUAUUUAAAGGUUUGACUCCUGGCAUUUUGGAUAAUAUCACACGUUGACCGGGUUUAUAAACUUUAAAGCGCUCAUAGAGCCAACCAGUCAGAAUGAUGAACUUGAACGAUAAAUAUACCAGACUAUGGUUGCAAAGCUAGCGGUAAUUUACCAAAGUAACCGGCAAUCUAUGGUAAUUUAGGUAACUUAUACUUUAAUAGCUUUUAAAAAAUGUGAAAAAUAAAGAGAAUAUUAUUUUAUUUGUGUGUCCAUGAGUUUCUAGUGGAGAAACCAUAUGGGUCAAGAGAAAAUGAGCCUAAUUAAUGAAAAAAGCAUCUGAUAAACAAUGUCAUUAUUUUCAAUUAACUCUGCAACUCUUCCAACUAUUGACUUUUUCACAACUGCCACCAGUUUGGCGCCAAAACAUUUACAACAAAGACAUUGACAUAGUAAAAUAAAGUGUGUAAAUUUUUUUUAUUAUGGAUAUGUCAUGCUGAAACCCUCGUAUUAAACACCAAUGGUAUUCACUAAGUUCAUGGUUUAAAUUUAGGAUGUUUUACAGCUUUGUCAUUCUAUUUGUUAUUUUCAAAUAAUAUUUUUUGAUUAUUUUACAUAUUUAAUAUGUGAUAAGGGUGAGCGAUAAUUAGACACCUGUGAUAAUCUGAAGUACCCAAAAAUGACACUAGAUUUCAUCUGAUAAAUUCUCCCCAAAACAUGAAAGUUACCAAAAUUCUGGUAGUUUACUGGUAAACCUCAAGUUUCCACAAAUAUGCCCUACCUUUGCAACCCUAUACCAGACAAAAUAUCCUUAUUUCAGUUCUAACCCCACUAACUCUGUAUUUUGUCUGUGUUAUCUUUACAGAGUGCUGCUGCAGCCCCCAGUCCAGUGAUGGGGGGGAUGCCCCCUGGAGAGGGGAUGCCCGGUGGACCCAUGCCCCCCGGAUUCUUCCAGGUCAGUCUCCUCCUACUCUCUCACACACACCUCCAUCUACACUCCAUGGCAGUGGUUCUAGGGCUGGGUGAUGUAUAUAAUUAAUUUGAAUGUAUGUUUUUGCACAUUAUUCUAAAUGUCUAUCUCAAUAAUUACUUAACAUUUUUUUUAUGAGAGUUUAUGUCCAAUUGUUCUCGUUGUCUUUUUGGUCUCGUCUCCUUCACUUCUUCUGUGCUGUGUGCACUGACUGUAGGCUGUGUGCACCUUCCCAUUUACACACACACACACACACACACCAAGCCUCUACCCCUGCCAUUCACAACAACAAAGAUGAGAGAUCACUUCGUCCUCUCUGAGAAAUGGUUUCAACCGGCUAUUUGCAGUUGCGGUUUGGUCGAUCAUAUGGACACCGAAACACAGUGAGACAUUAUUUUACUAUAAUAGAGGAGAAGUUAACCUUUAACAAUACCCAUUUUAUGUCUCAACUCCUCAAAUUGCGUGCAGAGCAGACUACUAAAACGGACUAUCGAUGAACAUUGAUUCUGGAAAAUUCAUGCUCAGUUUGUAGUUCCACAUACUGCUAGCAGCAUUUUAAACAGACUGCUAUACCAGAUGUCUAGUCUGUGUUUUAUAAAUGUGCAAUUAAGCAAAAAACGCAAUAACAGUGAUUCCGGGAAGUAUUCAGACCACUUCCUUUUUUCCACAUUUUCUUACGUUAUGGACUUAUUCUAAAAUUGAUUAAAUACAUAAAAAAUCCUCAUCAAUAUACACACAAUACUCCAUAAUGACAGUGAAAACAUGUUUUUAGAUUUUUUUUGCAAAUGUAUAAAAAAAUGUACCUUAUUUACAUAAGUAUUCAGACCCUUUGCUAUGAGACUCGAAAUUGAGCUCAGGUGCAUCCUGUUUCCAUUGAUUAUCCUUGAUAUUUCUACAACUUGAUUGAAGUCCACCUGUGGUAAAUUCAAUUGAUUGGACAUGAUUUGGAAAGGAACACAUGUCUAUAUAAGGUCCCACAGUUGACAGUGCAUGUCAGAGCAAAAACCAAGCCAUGAGGUCAAAGGAAUUGUCCGUAGAGCUCUGAGACAGGAUUGGUUCGAGGCACAGAUCUGGGGAAGGGUACCAAAACAUUUCUGCAGCAUUGAAGGUCCCCAAGAACACAGUGGCCUCCAUAAUUCUUAAAUGGAAGAAGUUUGGAACCACCGAGACUCUUCUUAGAGCUGGCCGCCCGGCCAAACUGAGCAAUCGGGGGAGAAGGGCCUUGGUCAGGAUCAAGAACCUGAUGGUCACUCUGACAGAGCUCCAGAGUUCCUCUGUGGCGAAGGGAGAACCUUCCAGAAGGACAACAAUCUCAGCAGCACUCCACCAAUCAGACCUUUAUGGUAGAGUGCUUGGGUGGAAGCCACUCUUCAGUAAAAGACACAUGACAGCCCGCUUGGAGUUUGCCAAAAGGCACCUAAAGGACUCUCAGACCAUGAGAAACAAGAUUCUCUGGUCUGAUGAAACCAAGAUUGAACUCUUUGGCCUGAAUGCCAAGCGUCACGUCUAGAGGAAACCUGCCACCAUCCCUACAGUGAAGCAUUGUGGGGAUGUAUUUGAGCGGCAGGGACUGGGAGACUAGUCAGGAUCGAGGGAAAGAUGAACGGAGCAAAGUACAGAGAGAUCCUUGAUGAAAACCUGCUCAGGACCUCGGACUGGGGCGACGGUUCACCUUCCAACAGGACCACGACCCGAAGCCAGAAGUGGCUUCGGGACAAGUCUCUGAAUGUCCUUGAGUGGCCCAGCCAGAGCCCGGACUUGAACCUGCUCUAACAUCUCUGGAGAGAUCUGAAAAUGGCUGUGCAGCGACGCUCCCCAUCCAACCUGACAGAGCUUGAGAGUAUCUGCAUAGAAGAAUGGGAGAAACUCUCAAAAUACAGGUGUGCCAAGCUUGCAGCGUCAUACCCAACAAACACUCAAGGCUGUAAUCACUGCCAAAGGUGCUUCAACAGAGUAAAGGGUCUGAGUACUUAUGUAAAUGUAAUAUUUCGGUUUUGUAUUUUUACUAAAUUUGCUAACAUUUCUAAAAACCUGUUUUUGCUUUGUCACUAUGGGGUAUUGUGUGUAGAUUGAUGAGGGGAAAACUAUUUAACCAAUUUUAGAAUAAGACUUUAAUGUAACAAUGUGGAAAAAGUCAAGGGCUCUGAAUACUUCCGAAUGCACUGUAUGUAAUUAAUUGACAACUUGUUCUCAUUCUGAGAAAUAAGGUAGGCCACUUGAUUUCGAUAUUAUAACUAAGUGGACAGGCUAGCAUGCUGUUCAAAUAGUUGGAGACUGACAGGGCAGUGGUGGAAAAAGUACCCAAUUGUCAUACUUGAGUAAAAGUAAAGAUGCCUUCAUAGAAAAUGAGUCACGUAAAAGUUAGUCACCUGGUAAAGUACUACUUGAGUAAAAGUCUAAAAUUAUCUGGUUUUAAAUAUACUUAAGUAUAUUUUUGCAAUUUCAUUUACUGAAGUAUCAAAAGUAAAAGUAUAAAUAAUUUCUAAUUGCUUAUAUUAAGCAAACCAAACGGCACAAUUUUUAAUUCUCUUUACGGAUAGCCAGGGGCACACUCCAACACUCAGACAUAAUUUACAAACGAAGCAUUUGUGUUUAGUGAGUCCGCCAGAUCAGAGGCAGUAGGGAAGACCAGGGAUGUUAUCUUGAUAAGUGCGUGAAUGGAAAACAUUUUAUUUCCUGCAAAACAUUCCAAAUGUAGCCAGUACUUUUGGGUGUCUGGAUAAAUGUAUGAAGUAAAAAGUACAUUAUUUUCUUUAGGAAUGUAGUGAAGUAAAAGUUGUCAAAUAUAAAUAGUAAAGUACAGAUACCCCCCAAAAAACUACUUAAGUAGUAUUUUCACUUAAGUACUUUACACCACUGCAGAAGGGUGUGUUUAAGAAUUUAACUGUUCUACUUUGUUAGCUAGCAAAUUGAUCCAAGUUGGCUAAAUUUUUAAAUAUAAAGAUUAGCUGGCUGAAACAGAAAAAGGCCGUACCCAAACUGGUGCCACAAAGUUGGAAGCACAGAAUAAUCUAGAAUGUCAUUGUAUGCUGUAGCUUUAAAAUGUCCCUUCACUGGAACUAAGGGGCCUAGCCUGAAACAUGAAAAACAGCCCCAGACCAUUAUACCUCCUCCACCAAACUUUACAGUUGGCACUAUGCAUUGGGGCAGGUGGCGUUUUCCUGGCAUCCGCCAAACCCAGAUUAAUCCGUCGGACUGCCAGAUAGUGAAGCGUGAUUCAUCACUCCAGAGAAUGUGUUUCCACUGCUCCAGAGUCCAAUGGCGGCAAGCUUUACACCACUCCAGCCAAUGCUUGGCAUUGCGCAUGGUGAUCUUAGGCUUGUGUGCGGCUGCCCGGCCAUGGAAACCCAUUUCAUGAAGCUCCCGACGAACAGUUCUUGUGCUGACGUUGCUUCCAGAGGCAGUUUGGAACGCAAUAGUGAGUGUUGCAGCCGAGGACAGAUGAUUUUUACGUGCUUCAGCACUCGGCAAUCCCAUUCUCUGAGCUUGUGUGGCCUACCACUUUGCGGCUGAGCCGUUGUUGCUCCUAGACGUUUCCACUUCACAAUAACAGCACUUACAGUUGACCGGGGCAGCUCUAUUGGGGCAGACAUUUUAUGAACUGACUUGUUGGAAAGGUGGCAUCCUAUGACUGUGCCUUGUUGGAAGUCACUGAGUUCUUCAGUAAGGCAAUUCUACUGCCAAUGUUGGUCUAUGGGGAUAGCAUGGCUGUGUGCUCGAUUUUUAUACACCUGUCAGCAAAGGGUGUGGCUGAAAUAGCUGAAUCCACUAAUUUGAAGGGGUGUCCACAUACUUUUGUGUAUAUAUCGUGAAUCGCCCAUCAAUAUUUUUAAAUAGAUGAUUCUUAGGCCAUAUCGCCCAGCCCUAAGUUGUUCCCAACCCUUUCCUUUCCGAGGACCAACAGAUCUCUUUAUCAUGUUAUGGGGGGAAUGUGUGGACCACCUAAAGUACCCUCGUGGACCACAAGUCGUCUCACAAGUUGUAGACCAGUGCUCUGGGCUGAAUCAUAACUAACUUGAGAUCCGCCAACAAGAAAAACUGACUUCAAUUUCUUCUCAACCCCAUUGACGUCAAUAUAGGUUUGAGUUACUGUAUAUGUGUGAUUCUCAAGUAAAGAGUUUAGCCUGUAUGUGCAUGCAUGGACCACACUAUUGCGCAACUGCUCCUCUCGCUGUCAUCUGCUCUGUCUCUCACCUGUUCUACCGCCCUGCUGAUGUGCAUUCCACAUUCAUACCUGUCCACUAAGCUGGGCUUAUCAGGAUGUGUUAAAGCUCUGCAUGUGUCAAUGACGCGCUGCCUCUGCUCUGCUGUGCUCAGUAGGCUGUGUCUCGUCUCUGCUCUGAGCCUGUCUUCAUCACAAAUGACACCCUAUUCCCUACAAAGUGCACUACUUUUGAAUGAGCCCUAUGGGCCCUGGUAAAAAGUAGUGCACUUACUAAAUAGGGUGCCAUGUGGGACGCAUCCUGUGUUUGUAGUGUUGUUGUCUGACUACCCACUCCAGUGUACUGUAGUGAAACAUGGAGGCGCGGUUGGGCCUAACCAUUAAUGGAGAAAUGUAAAGGUGCUGCACCACCUGCCGUAAAUCAAUCUCUCAUGAGAAUAAACUCUUGGCAGGAUUUGACUUCAACAGUCAUGAAGUAUUAUCCUGUAGUGAAAGUCAAAGCAUUCACUUCCGUUUCUUUAAAGGCCCAGUGCUGUCAAAAAUGUGAUUUUCUAUAUAUUUCCACACUGAGGUUGAAGUAAUACUGUGAACAUUAUGAUAAUGCCCUUUCAGUGUAAGAGCUGUCUGAAAAUACUGCCUGAAUUUUCUGCCUGUUUUGGUGGGAUGGCAUUUUGGCCUGCCUGGUGACAUCACCAGGCGGUAAAUUAGUUAAUAGACCAAUAAGAAAGAGUUCCAAACCUCUCUGCCAAUAACAGGUAGUUUUCAGUUUUCCACUCCGACCACUCGCUAGACAGCCCUAGCAAAAUUAUUGUCUGAUAAUUUGUUCUUUGCUAAGAAGCUUUUUUUUUUUAAAUGAAAAUUGUGUAAAAUAAUUAGUAAGGUACUUAAUUGUUACAGAGAAUUGAUAUAAUAUUGAGAUGAAAACAGCUGCAUUGGACCAUUAAGUACAGUGGGGGAAAAAAGUAUUUAGCCAGCCACCAAUUGUGCAAGUUCUCCCACUUAAAAAGAUGAGAGAGGCCUGUAAUUUUCAUCAUAGGUACACGUCAACUAUGACAGACAAAUUGAGAAAAAUAUUCCAGAAAAUCACAUUGUAGGAUUUUUAAUGAAUUUAUUUGCAAAUUAUGGUGGAAAAUAAGUAUUUGGUCACCUACAAACAAGCAAGAUUUCUGGCUCUCACAGACCUGUAACUUCUUCUUUAAGAGGCUCCUCUGUCCUCCACUCGUUACCUGUAUUAAUGACACCUGGUUGAACUUGUUAUCAGUAUAAAAGACACCUGUCCACAACCUCAAACAGUCACACUCCAAACUCCACUAUGGCCAAGACCAAAGAGCUGUCAAAGGACACUAGGAACAAAAUUGUAGACCUGCACCAGGCUGGGAAGACUGAAUAUGCAAUAGGUAAGCAGCUUGGUUUGAAGAAAUCAACUGUGGGAGCAAUUAUUAGGAAAUGGAAGACAUACAAGACCACUGAUAAUCUCCCUCGAUCUGGGGCUCCACGCAAGAUCUCACCCCGUGGGGUCAAAAUUAUCACAAGAACGGUGAGCAAAAAUCCCAGAACCACACGGGGGGACCUAGUGAAUGACCUGCAGAGAGCUGGGACCGAAGUAACAAAGCCUACCAUCAGUAACACACUACGCCACCAGGGACUCAAAUACUGCAGUGCCAGACGUGUCCCUCUGCUUAAGCCAGUACAUGUCCAGGCCCGUCUGAAGUUUGCUAGAGUGCAUUUGGAUGAUCCAGAAGAGGAUUGGGAGAAUGUCAUAUGGUCAGAUGAAACCAAAAUAUAACUUUUUGGUAGAAACUCAACUUGUCGUGUUUGGAGGACAAAGAAUGCUGAGUUGCAUCCAAAGAACACCAUACCUACUGUGAAGCAUGGGUGUGGAAACAUCAUGCUUUGGGGCUGUUUUUCUGUAAAGGGACCAGGACGACUGAUCCGUGUAAAGGAAAGAAUGAAUGGGGCCAUGUAUCGUGAGAUUUUGAGUGAAAACCUCCUUCCAUCAGCAAGGGCAUUGAAGAUGAAACGUGGCUGGGUCUUUCAGCAUGACAAUGAUCCCAAACACACGCCCGGGCAACGAAGGACUGGCUUCGUAAGAAGCAUUUCAAGGUCCUGGAGUGGCCUCGCCAGUCUCCAGAUCUCAACCCCAUAGAAAAUCUUUGGAGGGAGUUGAAAGUCUGUGUUGCCCAGCGACAGCCCCAAAACAUCACUGCUCUAGAGGAGAUCUGCAUGGAGGAAUGGGCCAAAAUACCAGCAACAGUGUGUGAAAACCUUGUGAAGACUUACAGAAAACGUUUGACCUGUGUCAUUGCCAACAAAGGGUAUAUAACAAAGUAUUGAGAAACUUUUGUUAUUGACCAAAUACUUAUUUUCCACCAUAAUUUGCAAAUACAUUCAUAAAAAAUCAUACAAUGUGAUUUUCUGGAUUUUUUUUUCUCAUUUUGUCUUUCAUAGUUGACGUGUACCUAUGAUGAAAAUUGCAGGACUCUCUCAUCUUUUUAAGUGGGAUAACUUGCACAAUUGGUGACUGACUAAAUACUUUUUUUCCCCACUGUAUAUACUGCUAGGUAUGUUGUGUAUAGUAUAUGAUUAGUCAAAGCAGUUGAAAAGCAGAGAAGCAAUUCUAUGUAGCCCAACUUGCUGUAUGCAUGGUGUGGUUGAGAGCCAAAGACACACACCAGCGUUUCCCCUAUAUACUGCUAAAUCAUUGCCGCCACUCACAAAAGAUAUGAUAAAUAUAUACAGUGCAUGUUUUUAGAUACAGUGGGGGAAAAAAAGUAUUUAGUCAGCCACCAAUUGUGCAAGUUCUCCCACUUAAAAAGAUGAGAGGCCUGUAAUUUUCAUCAUAGGUACACGUCAACUAUGACAGACAAAAUGAGGAAAAAAAAAUCAAGAAAAUCAUAUUGUAGGAUUGCAAAUUAUGGUGGAAAAUAAGUAUUUGGUCAAUAACAAAAGUUUCUCAAUACUUUGUUAUAUAAUUUGCAAAUAAAUUCAUUAAAAAUCCUACAAUGUGAUUUUCUGGAUUUUUUUCUCUCUAUUUGUCUGUCAUAGUUGACGUGUACCUAUGAUGAAAAUUACAGGCCUCUCUCAUCUUUUUAAGUGGGAGAACUUGCACAAUUGGUGGCUGACUAAAUACUUUUUUUCCCCACUGUAUGUUUGCUAAUUUAUUGAAAAUGAAAUGCAGAAAUAUCUCAUUUACAUCAGUAAUCACAACCCUUAGUCAAUACUUUGUAGAAGCACCAUUGGCAGCAAUUACAGCUGUGAGUCUUUCUGGGUAAGUCUCUAAGAGCUUUCCACACCUGGAUUGUGCAAGAUUUGCCCGUUAAUUAUUUUCAAAAUUCUUCAAGCUCUGUCAAAUUGAUUGUUGACCAUUGCUAGUAGGACUUUCCCCAACAAAAAAAAUAUAAUCUUGGUCGACCGAGAGUCGCAAUUGCUAACUAGCAUUAACACAAUGACUGGCAGUCUAUGGGCACAGCUAGCAUGCUAAUGCUAGUUAGCUAUUGCGCUAAUGCUAGUUAGCAACUUCCUUCAAACGGCAUGCAGACAUAAAAUUGGUAUCCAUGAGUUCAACUGGCUCGGGGUAAGUAGAAAUGCGGCUUAAUUGCCAAAAACUCACUAUCCCUUUAAGAUAAGUGACAAGUUAUACCUUAUUGUUUGUAGCGAGCAGUGGCACGAAUGAGAGCCACAAGCGCACAGCCACCGCUUGCUCCUCAUCUCCCUACAGUGCAGUGGUGCGCAUCAGUUAUAUUCAGAUGGUGUCAACAUGUUCAUGCAUUUAGGAGUAGCAUGUAUUUUUAAAGUCACCAGAAGUGACCUCAGUCGUUGUAUAAAACAAAUCCCAAGGGGCAUGCGCAGCAAAGAAACCCCGCCCCUCCGCUACCUUUGCCACUGCUGCUGAAAGACGUCCUAGGGGAAACGCUGCACGCACACACACGGACAGCUCUCUCUUCAUCAUUUGAAUAUGCGAGUGGUGUUAAUUAGGCAACCCUGUCAUCAGCAGCAUUAGCUCCACAGUGACAGUGUUUGGGGGCAGCUGCUGUAAAGCAGGGCUUAAUUGAUUCUGUGGUAAUUGGCAGAAAGGGUAAAUUGCCAGUGAUCACAAGCUGGAUGCUGGCUGCGGUUCUGACUGGCAGACAUCCGAGCACAUCCUCUCUCUCUCUCUCUCUCUCUACCCCCCCCCCCCUUCUCUCUUCUUGCACCCCUCUCUUGUUUCACACUCUCUUUCUGCUGUGCCUGGAAGGAGAGAAUGAUCAACGGAUACACCCAACCCUCUUUCCUAAGCACAGCUUUUUGCAUUUGCACACCACCCUCUUGCACUCUCCUCCGCUCAGUAAACCUCCUUUCUCUGCCUCCCUCCCUCCCACCGUCUGUCUGUCACUUUCUCUCUGUGAUGCCACAGGGUCCACCUGGUCCCCAGGGCUCUCCUCACCCCCAGCCUCCUCCCCCUAACAGUAUGAUGGGACCCCACAGCCAGGUACCGCUGCUCUCUCUGGGGUGUGUCCCAAAUGAUAUCCUAUUUCCUAAAUAGUGCAAUACUUUUGACCUGGGCCCUGGUCAAAAGUAGUGCACUAUCUAGGAAAUAGGGUGUCAUUUGGGACGAGGCCGCUCUCUGUUGGCGCUCUGUUUCUUUAUAUGCUUUCAUAUUGGGAAGACUAUGGUCAUUUCACCCCACCCAUGCCUCCUUGAUGCUAUGUCUGUCUGUACGCUCUAUGUCCUUCGGCUUGAUGCUUUUGGCAGCAGCGCAGAAUCACACUUGUUUUAAAAUAUGUUAUCGGAAACUAUAUCAUUAAGCCUCAUUUAUACCCUACGCAAGAAUGCAAUUAGCUCUGCAAAAUGGCCGUUCUGCAUACUCAUAGCAUAUUUGUAACACCAUACAACUACGCAGGAUCGCAAUUUUGUGUAGCUAGUUGUGUUGCGUAUUUGCAUAAGGUAUAAACUAGGCUAUUAUAGAUGUUCUAUUGAAAGUAAAACGUAUGCCUCCGAAAAUAAGUGAGGAAAAAUGCAUGGUUGUUCAGUGUAAUUAUUGUAAAGGAAACACUAAUAAAUGUAAGUGAAUUGUUGCGUUUAGUCUUUCAUGAACCCACGCUUCGCUGGAGGCCCGCGAGGUCCCCCUAUCAGGAUGGGCAAUCAGGUAAACAAACUACUGUACCCAUAAUUCUGCACCACCAAUACAGUACUACCAUCAGUUUAAGAAAGUUUCUGUUUGAUAACAUGUCUUGUCAUCAUAUUCAAAGUUCAUUUGACGUUUGUUCACCCCUCCGUCUUCUUCCUUGUAGCCUCCUGGCGGUGGCCCUGGCCCUCAUCCCAUGCUCCAAAACAUGGACCACACACGACCACAAGGCCACCCUAACUUGGGACCGAUGCAGAGAAUGAGUGGCCCUCGAGGCAUGGGCCCUAUGGGGCCAGGACCCCAGGUAGGCCACACUACUGAUAUAUAUUUUUCAGCAGUUUGCUUCUAGUCUUUCACAGACUAGCCCACUAGUUUUUGAGACUCUGCCUGUCCAACAUCACCCUUCCAGUCUGUCUCCUUGGAUUCCAAGUUGUUGAUUACUCUUUAGAGACCCUCCCCACUAACCAUCUCUUUCUAACCCCCACCCCCCUCUCCUCUGGUUCUGUCUGGUUAUGGUAAUCUGACCCUUGGUUGUCAUUGCAGAACUUUGGUGGUGGGAUGCGGCCACCACACAACUCCAUGGGCCCUGGGAUGCCAGGAGUGAACAUGUGAGCCUUCUCUCUAUCUUAUACAUGAUAGAUCACCAGUGUGUGUGUGUGUGUGUUGAUAUCUAACAGGGGUUUCUUUCACUGUAUUGCAGGGGCCCAGGUGCUGGACGACCAUGGCCCAAUCCGAACAAUGGCAACUCUGUGAGUCCAGUUUCCACUGUAGACACACACACUACACACCAUGAUGUUAUCGGCUCAGAUUGCAGCAGUCUGUGUCUGUCCUCUCUCAGUAAGAGCUCUGGAGGCCCAAUGCAUUACGAAGUUCCCCAGUUCUGGAUGUAAUUGUAGUAUUAUGUAUCCCAGGCUACAUCCUAAAUUAUACCAUAUUCCCUUUCUAGCGCACUACUUUUGACCAGGGCCCUUUUGACUCUGUUCAAAAGUAGUGCACUAUAUAGAGAAUAGGGUGCCACUUGGGACACAACCCCAUAGAUACCGAUGAUGAUGAUGAUAGGACGAUGCUAAAACGAUGAAUGAUGUUUUGAGAGGUGAAUACAUAGAUGAGAUUCCCUGUUCCUGGGCAGUAAUGUUUCUGUUGUGAUUUAUUCAGAUGCCUUACUCCUCACCUUCUCCUGGAGCGUACGGGGUAAGGACACUCUGAUUUCUCUCACUCACACACUCAAACUGGCCAUUACAGCAGUGUUUAUAUUUCACCCAUUUGAAGCCACUAUUGUAAUAUUGUCUUUCAAUACUCUUAAUUGAUUGUAUUGGUGUAGGUAGAAUCUGUCCUGAUACAGAUACAUUGCUGGUAUUGUGAUUUUACUGUUGAAUUUGAGUAGUUGUGUUCUCCUGCCACUCUAAAGGGGGGGUCUGGAGGAGGGGGACCCCCUGGAACACCCAUUAUGCCCAGCCCUGCUGGUAAGUACCUUAAGUCCUCACAGAGGAACAGGAAUGCAUGUCAAAAUGUUUUGGCAAAUAACCGUAGUCUUCAAUGACUGUUUGCCAUCUUGGCUGUUCUCAUUACCUAAGGUACACUAGUCUAUUGAUUAUCAUCAUAAUAAUCUAGAUUGAUUGUGUAUGAACCACUUCAGACUCUAACAACUCUGGCGACAACCUCUACACUAUGAUCAACACUGGACCUGGCAACCGAUCAAAUGUGAGUCUCCUUCUCGUACCAGCCCUCUCCUCACAUCUGUCGUUGUAGUCAUGUUUCUUCAUCGCCAGAUGUUUCUUCUAAUCAUAUCUUACAAGAUUUCUAGUCCUCAAUAAUGAAACGGACUGCAUCCCAAAUAGCACCCUAUACCCUACAUAGUGCACUACUUUUGACCAGAGCCUUAGGGGGCUCUGGUAAAAAGUGGUGCAUUAUGUAGGGAAUAUGGUGCCAUUUGGGAUGCACCCUGUUUCUCCCUGGCCCAGUCUCGUUUGAUAGUGGUGCCUGUCCUGUUGACAUGUUUACUAAGGCAGUGCUUGUGUCUCCUAUGUUGCAGUUCCCUAUGGGCCCUGGCUCUGAUGGACCUCUGGGCGCCAUGGCAGGCAUGGAACCACACCACAUGAAUGGAUCGCUAAGUAACACUCUACUCUGCCACUGUUACAACACAACAUGGAGACUCCUCUCUGGAGCUUCAAAUCAAAAUUUGGGGUUGCGUUCAGUGAAUAACAGUAUUGAUUAGUGUAUGACUGGCUGGGAAUAGUUGCAGACUCAGUCAAUCUGAACGUAGGCUACCUCAAUGGUACACACCCAAAUGGCACCCUAUUCCUUAUGUAGUGCAUUGCUUUUGACCAUGGCCCAAAGGGUUCUGGUAAAAAUUAGUGCACUAUAUAGGGAAUAGGGUGUCAUAUGGGACAUACACAGUGUAAUAGACCAACCAGUAAUGUGAAGCAAGGAGACAUUUUCAGCAGAGGUGCCAGGCUUUCGCUUAAUCUGGCCAAAGAUGUGAGGAAUGCUUCCACUGGGCACCUUUUGCAUUAUCAGUUCAAGUUAGAAUAGAAAGUUUUAAUUUUGGACUGUAAAUUGUUUGCUCUCUUUCUUAGGCUCUGGUGACAUGGAUGGACUCAACAAGGUGAAUAUUAUAACAUGACUAUACAUCUAGAUUCCUAUCAAAACAUGACAAAUCAUUUUGACUUACUUAAUCAAAAUUAAGCAAUACAUUUGUUUGCAUCUACUACUUAUUGUUUAGCCUGGUCCCAGAUCUGUUUGUGCUCUUGCCAACUCCAUUGCUGUCAAUGUCAAGAGUGACCAUGAGUGGGCAUGAUGGCACAACAGACUGGCACUGAGGUUACUUGUACUUGCCUAUUUACUUACUUUCUUUCCUGCCCCAUCGUAGAACUCCCCAAACAAUCUAAGUGGCAUUAGCAACCCUCCUGGAACCCCAAGGGAUGGCGACGAGUUGGGUGGGAACUUCCUGCACUCCUUUCAGAGUGAGAAUGUAAGUCCCCUACCCCACCAUGCAUCUCCUAUGGACCGUGUUCAUUAGGGCAUGCAAUAGAAAAUGUUUUAAAAAUGAAAAUGAGGCCAGGUUGUCCCCUGAAUUUUUUUUUUCUGUCUGAUUUUGUUCCAUUUGAUGCCUAAUGAACAUGACCAAGCUGAGGUCACUGUUGCCGGUAAUGAAGCUUUGAAGAAGCCUAUAUGUAGGGCUUGUAGGGCAGUAUUGACUCCACAGUAAUGCUACAGUGACCGCAUCAUUGACUCUACAGUGGCGGUGUAGUGUGGAGGCACUGGGCGGUUGCCAAGUAACCGUUUUGGCUAGAGUGAGGAAGUGCAUUUUAAUAUCUACGGUUGCAGUAUGUGCUCUAUUGUUUUGUAGGUGUGUCAGGCCAUUCUAAUAGGGUUUCCUGAUUUUAACUCUUUGCCGUCUGUACCCCUCAGCAGUACUCCCCUACCAUGACGAUGAGUGUGUGACAUCCCCCUCCAUCUGCCAUCACUCAGAAGAUCUGAGCUCAUAACAGGACAUGGCCAAAACACAUCAGCACAGAACCAGGGACAGGGUGCCAUUUUGGUUCCACACAAUUCCAGAAUGCUGAUAUACAAAUUUUCAAAAUUGCUGGUGACUUCUGCUCCUCCUCGUUCCAAAUGAAGGACAGUUCUUCAUUAAUCACCACCCCAAGUGUGACGAAACCAGCUACUGAAACUACUGCAUACAUGACACGUGCUUUCAUUAUUGCUUUGUAGUGCAAGAUGUGCAGAACACGUUUCAGCUGUUGCCACCUAAAACACUGAAGUGUGCAUUGUGAGCUAGGAGAAAUGUAUCAAUUUAUAUUUUGUUUUCAUAUUUCAGGUCCUGCAUUCAGCCACAUGUAGUAUGUCAGAAAACUAGUCCGAUAACAUGGGGAGUCCAUGUUAACAUGGGGAGUCCGAAUCUGCCUGUAACUCUGACCACUCCAUUGAAUGACUUUGUCCCGAUGUACUAGCCCCCACUAUUUUGCCACAUUUUAAAGGGGAAGUGGGGUGAUCGAAUUGGGCCUUAGUAAAAAUAGGGUCUUUAACAGUUUUGAAGUGCUCAGUGUUUUUUUUUAAAUGUCGGAUGCGAUGCGUUGACAGUUGCAUCGAUAGGGAAUGUGUUUUGUGGGUUUUGUUGAGGAGAGCAAUCUUAUUCUGCACUGGUUUUAUGUUGCUUUUUAUUUAAACAGUCUGACUGCUGUUCUUGUUCUGUCAAGGAGGAACGCAAACUUGGGCUAAACCAUGUGUGUGGACACAACAGGGGUGCAUGACUGAGAUCUGUGUACAACAUACUACCUAGCGCUGCUCCAGUCCACAUGUGGUGUGUUUAACCUCUUCCUUGCCUGUGCUUAACUCUGCCCUUUUUCUCGCCAUCAUUGUAGCCGUCUCUGUUUUCCUACUGUUCCAUCACGGUGACGAUGAAAGAGUUAAACCCAUUGUAACCUGAGAUGCAGAUUGAUAGUUAAUUGUUGUUUUUUUCCAGGUAUUUUUUUUGUUAGUUCUUUUUGCCCCUCCUUGCAGUUUUAAAAAAUAUUUUGAUACAAAUUUGACUACGUAUAUUGGCCCAGUUAUUUUGAGAUUAGUCAAAGCUUUGUAAACCAAUUCUAGUAUCAUAAACUUAGCGUCAGUCUUGUAAAUGUGAAAACGUUUAUUUCAUUUUCUGUGAAUAUUAAGCAUUAUGUUGCUGGUAUAUUUUUAUUUUUUUCAAAUUGGGGAAAGAGUGCU